UCUAAUUAAAAAACGAAAAAAGAUAGAACACACUUUGCACAAAAUUUUGAUACAUACAUAUGAAUGGAGUAAGAAACAAGAAUAUCUAAGAAAAAAUGAAACCAGAUAAGACUUUCUUUGUUAGUUUAAUUUCAGUAUUAAUUAACUGUUUAAGAUAGACAUAAACAGAAGAGAGAGAGGUAUAAGAAUAAGAAGAAUGAAGAGUAAUAAUAAUUAAAGAAAAAAUGAUGAGAAGUGAAGAAAGAGAGAAAGCAGUUCAGAAGAAGAUCCAAGAGUUAGAAGAAGGACAUGCUUACAUGAAACAAGAAAUGUCAAAGCUUAAACUUAGUGAUGGAAGAGAACAACAACAACAUCAUCAUCGUCAAAGGUCUCACUCUGUGUCACCUCAACGUUCUAGAUUAGGUUCUUGGAACAAAGGUUCUUGUUCUUUCAAACACUCUUCACCUCUCAGAAAGGAAACUCAUGCUCACGCGCUUGUUAAUUUCACUGAGAAACAUUAUCUCAAUAUUUUGCAUUCUUUGGGACAUUCUCUUCAUAUUUUGGAUCUUAAUUCUCGUAUCAUUUACUGGAACCGUAGUGCGGAAAAUCUAUACGGUUAUGCAGCAGAUGAAGUUUUGGGACAGGAUGGGAUUGAUUUGCUUGUGGACUCUAGGGAUUGGGAAUUAGCUUGUGAUACGGUGAAUUGUGUUAUGAAGGGAGAGAAAUGGAGUGGUCAAUUCCUAGUCAAGAACAAGAAAGGAGAAAAGUUUUUAGCUGUAACAACUAAUACUCCUUUUUAUGAUGAUGGAAGUUUAGUUGGGAUUAUCUGUGUGUCGAGUGAUUCACGGCCGUUUCUUGAAAUGAGAGCUCCAUUCUUUGGUGUAAAGAAUGCUGAAUCGGAUUAUGGUAUUCGUCGUAGCAGUAGUGUUUCAAAUAAACUUGGUUUUGAUUCUCAGCAGCCACUACAAACUGCUCUAGCAUCUAAAAUUUCAAAUUUGGCGUCGAAGAUGGGUAACAAAGUCAAAUCGAAGAUCUGGACAGGAGAAAAUAACAUGGACCGUGAUGGUGGGAAUGGAGAAAGUCAACAUUCUGAUCUCGGUUUCUCAGAACACAGAGAAGAUGCUAAUUCAAGCGGAGCUAGCACGCCUAAAGGUGAUUUGCCACAGUCCCCUGUUGGUGUAUUUUAUCGUGUUGAGGAAAAGUUUGAAGCAAAAACUUCGAGAGACUCUGGUGAUGAGAGUGAAGGAAAACCUGUUAACAAAAGUUUACCUACUAAGCCCGAAACCUGGAUUCAAAAGAAAACAUCAACAUGGCCGUGGAGAACAAAUGAUCGAGAAGAAUCAGAGGCAAGGAACGUUCGUGCUGCUGAGCCGUGGAGGCAGAAUGAUCAAGAAAAUGAGUCAGUUAAUCAAAAGAUUAUUUCUUCUGGCUUGAAGCACGAAAACCAGGCUGGUGAAAGUAAUCGCCCUACUAAUAAUGAGGCUUCAUUAUCCCGUUCUUCCUCCUAUAAUGUUAACAGCACAAGUAGUGCCAGCAGCUGCGGAAGUGCUGGCAGUGGUGCUGUCAGUAGUAAAGUGGACGCAGACAAUGAUUGCUUUGAUUAUGAAAUUUUGUGGGAGGAUUUGACAAUUCGAGAACAAAUUGGACAGGGUUGUUGUGGAACUGUAUACCAUGCUCUGUGGUAUGGAUCGGAUGUUGCUGUCAAGGUUUUCUCAAAGCAAGAGUAUUCAGAUGAUUUGAUACUAUCCUUCCGACAAGAGGUAUCUGUCAUGAAAAGACUUCGGCACCCAAAUAUUCUUCUCUUUAUGGGAGCAGUGACUUCACCCCAACGUCUCUGCAUCGUGACAGAGUUUCUCCCGCGCGGAAGCUUGUGUCGCUUGUUACACCGAAACACACCCAAACUUGACUGGAGACGACGAGUUCAGAUGGCCUUGGAUAUUGCGCGAGGCAUAAAUUAUCUUCAUCAUUAUAACCCGCCGAUUGUCCAUAGAGAUUUGAAGUCUUCAAAUCUUCUAGUUGAUAAGAAUUGGACUGUGAAGGUUGGUGAUUUUGGUCUUUCACGUCUUAAGCAUGAAACAUAUCUCACAACUAAGACAGGAAGGGGCACGCCUCAAUGGAUGGCACCAGAAGUUCUUCGUAAUGAACCGUCAGAUGAGAAGUCUGAUGUGUACAGCUUUGGGGUGAUAUUAUGGGAACUCGCGACUGAAAAGAUUCCUUGGGAUAAUCUCAACCCAAUGCAGGUAAUUGGAGCUGUAGGGUUCAUGAAUCAGCGUCCAGAAAUUCCAAAAGAUAUUGAUCCAGGGUGGGCUUCUUUAAUUGAGAUCUGUUGGCACAGUGAUCCAACUUGUCGACCAACUUUUCUGGAACUGCUUGAAAGGCUUAGAGAGUUGCAAAAAAAGUAUGUCAUUCAGUUCCAGGCAGCCCGGUCUGCUAGUGGCGAAAACACCCAAAGAAAGGAGUCCUAGGUACAGCCUUGGAACUAUUCUUUCUCUGUCACUCAUGGCUGAUAUAAUCAUAAGAUGUGCAUAUACUUAAGUUCCUGGAGUAUAUGAAUUGCUACAAACAGCUGGUCAUGGAGCUAUAUAGCAUACUUGGUCUGAGAUUGAGGUCUUCAUCAACAUUUGCGUGCCAAUGUAAUAUAUAUAAACAAGAUAUAACGAUUUUUUUUGUUAUAACCCUCCGAUUCAUAGGGGAAUGGGUCUCUGGUGAGAUAUAAAUUUUAAAAAGGUGAUGAUCGCCAAACUUUUUUAUAUUGAUUGGGGUUAGUCAUUUUAUUUUUCUUUGCCACCAUAAGUAUCUUUUCUUCAUUUUUUGUCUCUUUCAUGUAUUGUUAAUUGGAUUAGUUGUCUGUUACAAACUUACAACCCCAAAUUACUUUAAAUUUUCGAUACAAAAUAUUUGUGUCACUAUUUAAAAGUUGUACAGAAGAAGGUAGUGAAAAGGAGAAAAUGUUUGUUA